AUGGAACGAAUUUUUUCCAAGCAAAAUCUUUUUGAAGCUUAUAUUCAAACUGUUUCAAUGUUGGAAGCACCUUUGAAAAUACUUGAGGCCGAAAAUAAAUGUACAAUGAACAGAUUAAUGAUAGAAAUGAUCAAAUUGGAAAAUGCUUGGAGAGGAGAAGUAAGAGGAGAUGAUUUAGUCAGAGCAGCUUUAGCCAAAAGUGGAUUCUGAAUAUGAUUUACAAGUAUGGUUUGAUUGGAUUCUUGAGAGAACAAGAGAAUGUCGAAGUACUAAAUUACUCAGGUCUGUAUUUCAUGAAGAAUUUUUUAAGGUAUUUAAUAGGGUCGUUGGCGAUUUUAAAAACCGAAAACCGGGGAUACCGGUUGAUAAUCGGUUGCCAACAACCCUAGUAUUUAAAUUAAUAAGUAUAAGUAAUAUUUUUUUCAAGGCUGCAUGGGAUGUACAAAUUAUUUGUAAACCAAAACUUCGUCGUGAUUAUUCAAAAAGUUACAAACAGAAAUUAAAAACGAUGAUUUGGCCGAGAAAGGACUAGAUUUUGAGAUGGAACAGUAUGAAACUGGAUGUAAGAAUUUGGGAGGACAUAAGCUAGAUUUGCUAAAAUUUUGGAAAGAAACUUCAAACAAAAUUCCACUUCAUUACAAUCAUUAUUUAAAGAUGGAUAAAAUUUUGUUGUUUUAUAUAUUUUUUCAAUUUUAAUAAAAAAAUUCCUACUCGUAAAAUUCUUUUAAAUUCCAAAGGAGAGACUACACGAACGAAAAUUAACAGAAAAAAAGAAGAGAAAUAUAAUGGCAGAGCAG